UAAUCUAGCAACGGUGCUAGUCCCGCCGCCGAUCAGCUGACGGUGUUUACUUACGUCGUCUGCAGCGUUUUCCUCGAGGCCUCGCUAGUACAGUAUUAGGGUGAGCCAAUGUAGACUAGGAUGGAAGCUCAGCUGAUGACUUGAUGAGCCACAGGAAGGACAAGUAAAAUGGCCGGCUUGGACGACUACCAGUUCUUCUCGACACUGAGGGAGAAGGACAACCCAUUCUGGCAAAAAAAUCCCGACGACAAGGAGCGGAUGAUGGACCCAAUGGACCAUUUCCGGCGACCCACAGAAUUUCCUGAGAACCUCCUCAACCCCGUUCAGGGAACCCCAAAUGCCCCGCCCCCAAAAGCCCCGGUCACAACACCCAGAAGUGACAUUGAGAAAGCACACGAUGUGCAGAUGGAGAAGUAUGGAGAAUUAUCCAUCAAUAUCGUCAGUUUAUGUGCGGAGAACUUACUUAGUCACCCAUUCAUUGUAGUUCGCAGACAGUGUCAGGUAAACAUUAAUAGCUAUCGUUACCACCUCCUGCCCAUCACCCUCGUGCCCGCCAUAAUCCACAUCCAGGGCUGCCAGGGCUUCUCGGCAUUCUGGAAGGGUCUGGGCUCGGUCCUAACUGUGCGGGGAAUAACCCUUGGCUUGGAGGACUGCAUCUCAAAGUUCACCCCAUGGCCAAAGGAAAUCUCGCCACACAGUUCCCUCAAGACCAUAGGGCAGCACCUCCUCCUGAAGUGCUCGGCCCUGGCCCUCAUCACUCCUUUCUACAGUGCCAGCCUGGUGGAGACAGUGCAGAGCGAGAUAGCGAGUGAGAAGCCCGGGGUGCUCGACGUCUUCAAGGAGGGGCUGACUCGGCUCCUCUCCUUCACCCAGCCACAGACGGGCCGUAUGCUGCCCGUGUGGCUUCUCAUCGUGCCAACCGUGACGCAUGGGGUGCUGCAGUACAUCAUAGGCAAUGCCGUGUCCACACUUACCUCGCAGGCGCUGAGGUAUUACCACAGGCAGGACCAGCACAAGCAGGGAGCCGUGAGCAAAGAGUCUGGCUCGUUCCUUGAUGCAUCUGUCCGCCUCCAGUCAGCAUUUAUUGGUCACCUUGCCUCUGACGUGAUUCUUUACCCUCUAGAGACCAUCCUUCAUAGGCUCCACAUGCAGGGUACGCGCACAAUCAUCGACAGCCUGGAUGUAGGCUACGAGGUGAAGCCGAUUCUCACCCGCUACGAGGGGUUCUUUGACUGCCUCAACACCACAGUACAAGACGAAGGAGUGCUGGGAUUAUUUAAGGGCUUUGGUUCCCUCUGCAUCCAGUAUGCCCUGUAUGGUGCCGUGCUCAAGUUUGCACAAGUCAUCAUCCAGGAGGUUACGCUGGCCCUGGUGCCGCCCAAACCCAAGCUCAAGGUGCAGGACCCAGUCACACCAUUGGCCCCCAGCGCUCCCUACACCCCCAUCUCCGCCGUGCAUCCUGGAGUAGCCAGCCUCCACUCCUCGCCACUCCACCCCUCACGGCACCAGUAUGGAGCCACACCAGGCAACAGAAAGACCCCAGCCUAUGGUACACCAGGACGCAGGCCAGAUGUUGACCUGCGGGCAGAGCUGGAGAAGCACAAAAGCAGCCUGAACUAUGAUGACUGAUGUGCAUGAUGAUAAUUAAAAGAAUACUAAGGACUUAAUUUUUUUUAGUUUCUUGAUGCAUAUUCUGAUUUCUUUUCUUACUUUUACUGAAGAUGAGAUUUUUGUAUUUACAGAAUCUGAAGCCCAAAUUAGGAGUUUAAAAGAGAGCCUACAGGGGCCACGGUGUGAUCAGAAAGAGUUCAAAGAUUCAGAUGGUUGGAUCAGUUUUGGCUUUGAGGUGUCUUCAAACUCACCUCCUCCAUGACUUCUUUCCUCUCACUGUCUGUUUUAUCUUCCUGGCACAAGGGUUCUCAUUCUAUUUGUUAAUGAAGAAUGGCAAAGGACUCCCCAGACAAGAAAAGCAAAGGCUGCUAGCUUUUAAUCACAAAUAUUUUGCAAAUGUUCUUAAAAGUGAAGCUCUUGUAAUUAUUGCGAGCAUUUUAGGCUUGUUAAGUACGAAGUGUGUGUACAGGCAUAGUGUUAGUGGACUGUUGAUGCUCUUUGGAAGAAAGUUUUAAGUGGAUGCACAGAAAAAACUGCCCAUUAUUUGAAACAUUCCCAAAAGACUGAAUAAGGGUAGAUAAAAGUGUUAUAUUGAACUGCUAAUGAGAUUUUACCAUUGGAAGCAGUUUGUCUACAUACUUUAAUCUGACUUAGGAAUAUUCUGAACACAAAAAAGUUGUAUAUUCUAUUUUAUUAUGAAAAUUUUAUCUGCAACUUUAAGUAAUUUCUGUAAUAAUGUAUCAGAUUAUUUUCUUGUCCUUAAAACAUACUUUGCCUUCCUUUUCAGAUCCUAUAGUGUAUGUGAAUACAAAAUUAUUUUCUUUUAGUAUGUAAAUUGUUUUUCUUAACAGGGAAGGUGUAUGAAAAUAGAUGAAGUGUAAGAUAAAGUAUAAUUCUGAUAA